UUUAUAGACGGUGGAAGGAAGCCCUGCGCCCAGCAGAAUCGUUACUGUUGAACUUGGUUUGUACUAAUCAACUUUAAAAUACGGAAAGCAUGAACCCGCUGAAUCAGCCACAGAGAGGAAUGAUCCAGCCUCAAACAAUUCAGCAGGUUGAUAGAGAAAGGAUCUAUCAAUGGAUCAACGAUUUGUCAUCUCCUAAAACGAGGGAAAAUGCACUAUUGGAGUUGAGUAAAAAACGUGAGGUUGUCCAAGAUUUGGCCCCUCUUCUAUGGCACUCCUUUGGAACAAUAGCUGCACUUCUACAAGAGAUAAUCCAGAUCUACCCUUGCAUCCUGCCCCCUGUUCUUACAGCCUCUCAGUCCAACCGUGUGUGCAAUGCCCUGGCUCUUCUACAAUGUGUUGCCUCUCACCCUGAUACUCGUUCAGUAUUCCUCUCUGCUCACAUCCCACUAUUCCUGUACCCGUUCUUGCACACUGUGAGCAAAACCCGUCCAUUUGAGUACCUUCGUCUCACAAGUCUAGGAGUCAUUGGUGCUCUAGUGAAGACUGACGAACAAGAAGUGAUCAACUUCCUUCUGAACACCGAGAUUAUCCCACUAUGCCUCCGCAUCAUGGAAGGGGGUAGUGAGCUUUCCAAAACAGUUGCUACAUUCAUCCUGCAAAAGAUUCUUCUAGAUGAAACAGGACUUGGCUAUAUUUGCCAUACUUAUGAAAGAUUUUCUCAUGUGGCCAUGAUCCUGGGCAAAAUGGUUUUGGCUCUUUCAAAAGAACCCUCCGCUCGUCUUCUUAAGCACGUGGUUCGUUGCUACCUUCGUCUUUCAGAUAAUUCAAGGGCCAGAGAAGCCCUCCGCCAGUGUCUGCCGGACCAGCUCAAAGAUCUCACCUUCCAGAACUGUCUCAAGGAUGACACCACCACCAAACGCUGGCUAGUGCAGCUACAGCAGAAUCUCGCCGACACCACUCCAGAUGCCAGUGGGAACAGGCCCCUCUAAACGUGUGUGUGUGUGUGUGCAAUCUGCAAGAAUGUGAGGACAGAGUGCAUGGAGGUGUUGCUGUUAACGGUGCCGUUACUGUGGUUCAAAUCUGAUCCUGGACUUACAUUGUUAUUGAUUUUAAGCCUUGCCCCCGACCCUUGUUAUGGGAUUUGAAAUUAUUGUUUUGAUCGCUUAAAAACUUCUGAGUUGUAUUAAAGUUCACUGCUCUCAGAUGUCAAACAGAAGAAAGGAAGUUUGUGGGUGUGUGUAGUGUGGAAGAGUAUGCUUUUCUAUAUGAUGUGAUAUAUGCAGGAAUAUGGAAUACUCCCAGCUGCUUUUGAUGACUCUUAGUGAUGGCCAUACUCAUGUUCAAUAACAAAGUGAUGGAUGCAGUACAAUAAUUUUUUUUAAGGUCUACUUAAGCCUGUUUAAGAUGAGGCCUUUUAUUUUAGGCUUUAGUUGUAGAAGGGUUACAAUUACUUAAGGCCAUGUCUAUGUGGGAAUGUCAAUGUCUAGUCAAUUUGUUUCGGCUUCUGUAAUUCUUCCUCGCCUCUAAACUCAAUAUUUAUGUAUGAUCUGUCGUUAUCAGAGCAAAACAUUCUUCACUGUUACAUCGCGCGAACUCUUGAUGUUGAAAUUUAAUUGUAAUUUAAUAAUUAUAUUUUUUUACCUGACCUAGCAUAUUGAGAAGCAGUGCCUAGAGCAUUGAAAUUUAAAAUUAUUUCUUGUUUCAAAAGCAUAUAUAUCUUGGAAUCCUCCUCCCCGUUCCGCCAAAGUAAAUAGUCAUUGGUUGAUAACUAAAAAGUUAUUCUGAGUCUUCAAACAUUUGACAGAUGUCCAAAAUGAGGACAGAUAUGUUUUAUUACAUAGGACUGCCAGUGCUCAACAAAAAACUCUUGAAUGUUUUUUACAUAGUGCUAUCUUGUGCAUUUUAUCAAAUUCAUCUUUUCUCUAGGUUUGUGGAUUUUGGCUUUUCCAGUAGUAUGGCCUUUAAAUGCUGUGGAUACAAAGAGUUUUACGUGAACAGAUGUAUCAAAUAUUGUGUAUCAUUGUGUACGAUAUAUUUUGUGUGUGUUUUUUCCACUAUUUUUUUGUUUUAAAGGUGACAGUUGCCAAAAGCAGCAGGAUGAUUGAACAAGCUAAAGAAUAUUAAAAUUAAUUAUUUUAAACAAAUUUUUUUUAGUGUACAGAAACAGUUGCGCAAGUGGUUAUACCACAGCUGUGUAUAUUUUUGCAAUAUUGAUGAUUCAAAAUGCACAAUGCAAUUUGGCUGUCAUUUGCACUAAGCUGUAAAAUCUUUACUAUCACACCAACUGUUUUGAAACAGCUUGUUGGUGACACUUGGGAGCUUUAUGGUCUUGUGUCAAAGUGAAGUCCUUUUUUCCCCCUCGAAUCAUUUUUUUAUUUUCUUGACCCCUUGUGGCUGCUGGCCUAUUUCUUGUGUAGACUCUAAAGGGUAUAUAUUUUAUGGCACAUUUGUUUUUGAAAUUCUCUUAAAUUCUUGUUUAAUGGGUUUGCUAUUUUAAUUUUUUAAAAUCUAUGUGGUGGUAAUAUUUGAUUGUUAUUGAUAUUUGUUCUCAUUUGUCACUCUCUUCCUCUUUUAUUUUGAGUUCGGACUUGGCGCAAUCUACAAUCUAGUCCUACAAGUUGAAAUUUCUUUUUCUGUUGUUGUUGGUGGUUGUUUGUUUUUUUUUUUGGUUUUUUUUUGGGGGGGGGGGGCUUCAUUGUGUGCAAUUUUCAAAAGUAGGUAUCCAGUCUGGUUGUGCUUGAUAACUUGUGAGUAAUAAAUGUAGACAGAUAGUAUGAACAGGAUAGAUAAUGUAGGAAACCUUGGUAAGAGAGACCAACAUAAGUGAAAUGACAAUUCUGUCGUGCAUUACCUAGAUUAACUAUAUUCCUGUUGUAGUAUGGGUCAUAAGUAAUCGAGAGGAGUCCUUAUUUUUCUAGUCUCCUGUCCUAGAAUGUUUUUCAUCUCAACUCACUCCUCUCGAGUUGGGUAACUGAGUGGUCUACUUUUGAAACAACUCAAGUUGUGUCCAGAAAGGCGUUUGACUUCUUCUGAACUCUUACAGGUUCGCAUACUCUCAUGAACAGUUAUGCAGAGUAUCACGAGUGUCACACACCCACGUUGUGUUGGGGGGAGUGAUUGAUAAUGAUAAAGCAGGAGGGGGUGCUUUGUCCACCCGUUAAGUAGUGUUUAUAGAUUUAAAAAAUAAAACACAUGCUUGCUUUGUUGAAUGCAUUUUGAGGUGGUCUUUGGGUGAAUGCUUCAAGUUCAUGAGUGUAAAAUGAUGAGGCGGAAAAAGAGAGUGCGUAUAUAAUUUGAGGGUGACUAUUGAUUAUUGUAGAUAUUACUAGUACAUGAUUGGCACCACAACCCCCAUGUCCAACGAUUAUUUGCUGUGUCUUGAGUUUUGUAGCCUGAUCAGUCUUUGACAUAUUAACCCAUGACUUCAUUAUUUUGGUUUUGAUACCACAGUUCUUAUAUAAGGGUCACAAGUGCUCAAAGACAAUUAAAAUUGUUUCAUGUACUUUUCUUAUUUUUCAAGGGAGUUGGGUACAUGGUAACUUUGGACUUUAUUUAUUCUCCAGACUUGUUACCUUAAUCUGUUGUUUUUCCUUUGUUUAACAUUUUGUUGUAGUUGUACUAACUGCGCCAGUGUGCAUCUCUUUGACUCUUAACUAAGAAACAAAACUUUCUUUUUCAACCUUUUUGUUACUAGUUUUUAUGCCAGUUAUUUAUAGUACAGAAACAAUCUAUAGACUCGUUGUGUCCCAAAAGAUGAUCAAAUAUUUAUUAAUGCAGCAUUUACUUGUAUGAAAUCAUCAGUUCAUCUCCUGGUUACUUUGUAGUUUGUUCCUUGCAGGUGCUAAUGUUGUUGUUUCCCCUCUCAGUGUGGUUUUAAAUCAGAUCCAUGUAUUUUUGGUGAUUAGCUCAGUUGGAAUUUGUAUCCAGUGUUGAAAGACGGAAGCCGGAGAAGAUAUAUAUGCUAUUUGGUAGGACCAGCACUUUAGUGUAAUAACCUGUUCCCUGCCUAGCUUUCUUUUUAGAUCCACAUCUCCUAAGACAAUUUCCUGCUAACCUUGCACUUUCACAUCCACUAUUCAAAUUUCACGCAACAUCGACAAAGAUGUUAACAUUAAUCUGCAGUUGUUUCAGAAAUGGUUACUCUUCCCAGAAGACACCACCUAUAUUUAAAGUCCUAAAAUCUUUCAAUAACCAACGAUAUGCUGUGGACAAACAUCGUAGUUGUUUUGAUGUAUGUCAGUAUUGCACAGAGGGACCCUUUUGAGGGUGUGCACCUUACGUCAACAGCAGAGGGAACAGGUUAACUAUAUUUUUUUUCUUGUAAUGUUAUUGAAGUAGUUGUCUUGAAGCAGCCUGUGAUCCCACUAGUAGUACUUACAUUCCAAGUUCUCACCAAGCGCAAAGGACAAGGUCACAGGAACUUUUCAGUUGCUGAAGACUAACUUGGAAUUUUACUAGCUGUCUCUUGGGCCUGUCAAAUUGAGGCACAUGGAGCUGAAGACUGCAGGUACACAGUCCAUGUUAAAAAUUAAAUUUCUGUGUUGAUGUCAAUGUUUGAAUGGUAUGAACACAUGAACACUUUUCAAAUGGAUUCUAAAUAGUCAUUCCUGCAGGGGUUGUUCAGGUAAAGAUGUGCCAACCACAUUAUUUUGGGUUUUUUUAAUGGUAGUUAUUGGUCUCAGGGACAUAUGCCUGACUUAACUGGCUGUCUAGCAAGUGGUGAUUCCAGUGGGACCACUGUGUUUCCCUGUGCGGGCUAGAGGGAGGGAAGGAGGCUGCUCUUGAGAUACAACUUGAUAUGUACUGUACAGUGAGAAAAUUAUUGUCAAGCAUGCACAUGGCGAAAUCAACGGGAUAUGGAAAUCUUUUUGUUGUGUACAAAUUUCGCUAUAUAUGCGUAUUUUAAUUAAAAACAAAGGUUAUAGUGCAAAAAAAAUUCGGGACUGGAAAAAUUGUUGGCCAUGUGUGUGCUAGACAGUAUUAACGUUGUAUAAUAAUAAUGCAUGGGCAACUGUUUUUCUUGUCAGUGACUUUGUCCAUCGUCAUCUCAUGUGUGUGAAAUAAGUAUUUCAUAUUUUUGUAUUCUGAUGUUGUGUGGUUGUUUUGGUGUUUGUUGUUAACCAUUUUGCUGGUUUACUGCUGCCGACAGGGGAAUCCUUUCCUGUCUCAUUGCCUGUUGGGCUGCAGUGAGAUAUUGAUAUAAAUUGCUAUGUUAAUGCACUGAAGAUAUAAAGGUACUCUCAUCAUGUAUGUAUUUUGAAUGCUGCAAUUUUGUCAUAUGAAAGCUAGGUCAUCACAUCAUUUGCAUCGCAUAUCAGAAUAUCAGAGAUUGUAAUGUAUUAUACUGCAAAUAUUUAUUAAGCGUGCGUGAGUUGGUGCAUACAGCAACAGUAGUGGGGACAAGGUUGUCAACUUUAAAUUAUGUUGUAAGAAUUGCAUGCAGAAGUUGGUAACAGAGGUUUUAGUAUUAAGUGGAGUAGCAGCUUAAUUGACUUGCUAGAUUUGCAUUGUUUGAACAGACCAUCAGACUGGCCAGUGUACAUUUGUCAAACUAUGAAGUAAGAGGGUCUUUUUACCUCUAAUGUGCUCAAGAUACGGUCUGCUGUGAAACUGGUGUGAGUAAUUGUGUGUCCAGUGAACUGUGGCUUUGUCCAAGUGAAAGAUGUGUACAGUUGCCUGUAUGUGACUUCCCCUUUUUAAAAGAAAUAGAGGUUCAAGUACUUCUGGGUUCUGAAAAUGACAUUAUUACAGUUGAAGCUAUAUGAAACCAUGCUCAAGUUUUCUACUUGCUGACUGAGCCAUCUUUGGAGAUAUGUAUGUUCCUAUGAAAGUUUAUUUGGCUGACCCAGGAAAAAGCCCCCCAAAAAACCCACCAAAGUUUGUUGUGCUGUAUGUGGAAAAUCCAAAUUUGGUGCAAUUGUGGAAAAAGUGUAACGUUCACUGUGUGUAGAUUGUCAACUCAUGCAGCACAGUUUCUGCUGUUUCCUAAAAUGAGUGCCAGAACUUUAACAAGUCAGGGCAGAAAACUUAUAACCCAGGAGAUUUUGGUAGUAGAUGUCGUGUAGUGUAAACAAAGUGCGAUAGAAGAAGAUGAAAUGUGUGUUUUGCUUUAUGUACACUCUUCGAAAAAAGAAAUGCUUUUAUGAAUUUAAAGGAUAAGAGAUAAAAAAAAAACAAGUCUGGUUUUUUACAGAUAGUGAAAUGGUGUGCGAAAUUUCAGGUUGAAAUUCCAAUAUUUUCUAUGACGUUCAUCCACACUGAGAAACUGGUUUGAAAAUUCUAGAUGGCCGCCGCAAAGACACAUUUUUCAGGAACAUAUCAAGAAAUUCACCCUUAAUACAUCUUAUUUUUAUGAAUGAGCUUCUUGCAGAAUUACAUGAAAGUGAAUGGUAGUCUUUCGUUUUUGAAAAUUUUUGCUGGUGUUUACGUCUCCCCUUUAAGGAAACCUGUGAUAAUAUCAAACAUUGUAACAAAUCAACUCCAACAACAAUAUGUACUGUUGAAAUGGGUACCCCCCAAAAUAAAAAAAUCACCAAAAUGGAGGUUUCAAUACAAGGCACAGUAACGAGUGUGUCCUCAAUAAUUAGCUAAGCACUCUAUCUAUUGUUCAUAGACCGAACCAGGUUUGCUAGGAACACUUGUUGAAUAGCAUUUCACUCUGGCUAAAGAUUGUGAAGGAGCUGGGUAAUUUUCCAUGACAAGGCAGACUAGCUUGUCCCACAUAAAUGUUCAAUUGGGUUUAGAUCAGGGCUAUUCUCGUGUGAAUUCAACUUUCUCCUAGGUGUAGUGUUUGGCGAAUAAAAUUUUUGACUCAUUUCAAGUGCUUUUACUUUUAUAGUUAUUGCAUGGGCGUAGUGUUCACUCAACAUAAUGAUUUACCACAUGAAAGUUCUCUUUAUACACUUAAGACGCAGUAUAAUUUCUUUUUAUGAAACGUUUAAAAACAAGCUACUUUUUUAUGAAAUCACACAUUUUAGCACAGGCCUCGUGUUCACAACUCAAGCACAAUAUGAAGUUAUUUACACAUUGUUGAAUUGACUGCUCGAAUAUAGCAGGUAUCAUUUCUAAAGGUAUAAAUAACAUACAUUUAUAAAUGUCGUAUGAAAAAUGCAAACAUAUUUAACGGUGGUCCCUAACAUUUUUCGAAGAGUGUUUACAUAGACUUGUCAUCCUGAGAGAUUGAUGAAGACGACUGAAUGAAGUAAAUGAGCAACCUAUUGUCAAGAUAUUAUGUUUUCUAAUGUUAUUGUUUAACUGUUUUUUGUGGUGAAUAUUAGUUGAAAAAUACAUGUUGACCUCCAUUGGUUUCAAGUUGAGCAUGUAUUGAAUGAUCAUUUCCAAUAGGAGAAUGUGUAUCUUUUUUGUGUGUGUGUGUGUAGGAAUGAUUUUGUUUGGGGUAGACUAUGUGUGUUUUGCACCAUCUGUAUAACUUAUGCUACUGAUGGCUUUCUGUAGAAAGGCUUGGUUUGAAGUUUGUAAAAAGAUGACACUGCAUAUAUGUGAAAAUGUCAGGGAUGGAACAAAUGUUAAAUAUACAUGAACCCAACAAAUUCAAAACAUGCAUUUGUACUUGUUUUGAUGUCAGAUUUAGUAGGUGACAUGGGGACAAAAACGAAAAUAGAUCUGUAUAGAGGAAAUACCACACAACAAAAACUGACAGUCACAAACAGUAAGAAAGAGAAAUAAAAAUGGAAAUACGAAUAAAUAAGAUGAUGAACCAAACAUCUGAGUCUGACUGUAGCAAACUGCAUAAGUCAUAUUUGGAAUAUUUUGAUUGCACAGGAGAAUUGUUGAAGUACUUCAGAAUGAGUGCUUGGCAGUGUCUCUGGAUACAGAAAGUAUUUCAAGGUGAAACUUAUCAGAGUGAAUUAUUCCAUCAUCAGUGUUGUCUACCUAAUUAUUGGACUUUUCCGAUCGUUCAAAAAUAAUUAUAACAACUUGUGAAAUAUUAUGCUUGCAAAGGUGCCAUGAGUAUCCCCAUGAAACUUUCAUGUUUUGAAGCCAGUUAUUAAAUUUUGAAGGAAGCUUUGAAUUGUUUGAAUAUAUGAUUUUUUUUUUUUUGAAGAGGUGAUUUCAGUUAUUUAUUUUUUUUAGUUUCAUUUCUAGAUGUUGGAAUCAAGAAGUUACAUAUUUUGCCAUGGUCAUUCUCAUGUGCUGACCUCGUGUUUAUCUAUUUAUAUUAUUAUCAUAUAUCGUCAGUAUGCGACUUUAACCAUAUAUCCGUCAAAUUAGAUCAAACACAUCUUUAGUCUGAAAUUAUGGUAUUCACAUCAGUAAUUGUAAUUCGUAAUACUGUAGUAAGUAAAAAAAAACCCACCCUACAUAAAAAUUUGAGCAAUUCUGGGAGAUGAAAAGAAAGAAAUUACUCCCCCCCCCCCGUAAAACAGUGUUUGAUCAAAUUUGGUGGAAACACGAUUUGUCGGAUACUGAUGAUACAAGUAUAGAGGUCUUGACAUAGCAUCAACGAUGACGAUGUGCUGAGAUUGGAUUUUAAUUUUAAUUGUAACAGUUUGACCUGAGAACAGCGUAGGUCUCUCUUUACAGAAUUUUAGUUACAUUUUGUGUAGAGAUGUUUAAUGGAAUAUUCAUUUCUUAAUAUAUGUGUCAUGACACGUUAAAAUCGGGUGCUCGUCAAUUUUGGGGAGUGUGGAACUACUCAUAUAAUUUUAAAGCUGGUUUAGUUGUCUUGCUUUUAAUUUAGAAAAUAUAUCCAUCUAUCUUGAAUAGAAGAAGUUAAAUAUUUGUGAUUGAAGGAUGUGGGGCUUGCCUGUUGUCAGGUAAAAUCAUCAAGUAAAUGGCUCUCAAAGUGUGUACCUUUGAUCAUUUUUUAAAGUAAAAUUUACAAUGAAAUGUGUUUUUAAAUGGACAUAAAAGACGUUUAGCCAAAAAAGAAAUUGGAUAAAAAUUAAAUAGUCCACCGGGUAGAUAGAUGUCCGUUUCUUUAGUUUCUUUAUUUUGACGAGUGCCUGAUUUCACCACCAUACCACACAUACUUGUUCUGCUCCGAGCUAUGUGAUUUUCAUUAAGUUAUUUUUUAUUGGGUUUUUGGUUUUGUUCCACAAAAGUGAGAAGAUGAAAUGAAUUUGUUGAUGUGAGCCUUUGUGUGUUGUAUUGCUUUUACAAAAUAACACUUGUAUGUGUACAUAGUUUUCUUGAAUUUGAUCAAACUCUGCACAAUGAACUGUUGCUUUGCCAGCAUUAAACGAGUUACGAUCACA